GCCCUGUACACUGGGCAAGCAAAAGAUCAGCCUUAUGAGCAAAUCCCCACUUUGACAGGCUGUAAGGAAAUACCAGGUAUCGUGUGGUUGGCAGUUUUGACAGUUGGACUAAAGUGAUAGCGCGUGGCCGCUGAUGGCCGAUUGCGGCCGAGCUGGUAUCGAUUGACGUCACAUGCAAUCACGAGCUCCUGCCGCCUCAAAGGGAGCUCAGGUCUAGUUUUAGCAUCUGCGUUGUCAGGCAUCUUCCCUGCAGUCUUUUCGAUCUGUCCAUUCUCUUCUGUGCGCUCGUGCGACCCGUUAAAUCUCGCUCGAUUUACUACAAAGUGACGAGCCACGCGACUCGGCAUCACUUCUGAACGAGAUAUACAUUACUUGCAACACCUCUCCUGGAGAGCACAUUCAGGGAAUAUUCGCAAGAAAAAACUGCCCACCAUGGCACCUCUCUUCCCCAAUAACCCGGCUGAUGUCAUGGUCAUUCGCAAUGUGACUUCGAAUGUGAUCACGAUGAGUCUGCCGUUUGCGCGAUUCGGUCGCUUCAAGUUCGGUGGACGUGGUACCUUGGUCAAGAUGGCGUCCGGGUCCGUUGCCGUGUUCUCUCCAGUCAGUCUGACCCAGGAGGUUCGCGAAACGGUGACCAGCCUUGGAGGCAAUGUGAAGUACAUCGCGGCAUUGGAUCUCGAGCAUCACCUUCACCUCACUGCUUGGAAAGAAGCUUACCCCAAUGCCGAGAUUAUUGCUCCCGAGGGUCUCUGGGAGAAGCGGCAAUCCAAUUCCAAAACCAAAGACACCAUACCGUUUCAACAUGUCUUCCGCAAGGACCUCGCCGGCAAGCAGAAGAUUUCAGAGGAAUUCGAUGCUGAAUUCGAAACCGAGUAUGUGCACGCCCAUCAGUCAAGGGAACUGGUCUUCUUCCACAAGCCCUCUCGGACGGUCAUCGAGGCGGAUUUGCUCUUCAAUCUUCCCGCGCGCGAGCAGUACUCCAAGACCGGGGAGAGCGCUACUUCCGGUAUCCUGACCAAGGUGAUUAGUCCCCUCUUGUCGGCGAAUGCGCCUGCCACCUGGCAGAAGAGGUUCGCUUGGUAUGUGCUGUCGAGCUCGGAUCGGAAGGGUUUCACGGAAUCAAUUCAGCGGAUUGAUAAGUGGGACUUCAAUCGGUUGAUCCCAUGCCAUGGAGAUGUGAUUGAGAGUGGUGCCAAAGGGGUCUUCCGCACCGUCAUGGAGUGGUUCUUGGAAGAUCGGAAACGUUCUUGACUGGACAUUUCUCGACUGGACAUUGAAAAGUUUCUUUUUGUGAUUUCUAAUAAUCAACGACCUCCCUGACAUCUGUGUGUGCUUCGUGUGUUGCAUUGGUUGCAAACGAUAUCCAAAUGUUGUGUUUCCCUUCUGUACUGAUGCGUUGUGAUGAGUUAUUUGUUAUCAUUACUGGCUGGCCUGUGUAUUGUAAGUGCUUACUUGAACCUUAAUCGUCACAAUAGGCCAACUCCUGAAUA